UUUUCGUUUGGUUAAGGUUCACACACUUCAAAAAUCCCACCUUCUUCCUGUUCCUCCCUCGUGUUCCUUGCUCUCCACAUUCUCUCUCCUCUGCAUGCUUCUUCUUCUUUGACUUCAAUAGCUACAAAUUUCCAAUUUUUUCGGAUACCCAGGAUUCUUCCCUUGUUCAAAAUUGGUGGGUAACCAUCAAGUUUCCAACUUGAACUAUUUUCCGCCAUAAUUUUCAAGUGGGUGAGUUUUGGAGAAACUUUGAAGCUUGUGUUGUGGAAGAAGAGGAUAUGGUGAGUGCUCUAAGUGUUGUGGGAACAUCGUUGGUGGACUCAUAUCUUUGCGUGGAUGCUCUUCCCACAACCACCACCAUUACCGGCGGUGUGAAUGGUAAUAAGCAGUGUUUGGUGAGGCGUGGGAACAACGUGGAACUGAGUAGUUCCUUUGUUGUUUAUGGGGUGAGAGAGUGGAGGCUCUCUGUUAAUAGAAGCUUCAAGAAGCAGCGCAAGGAUAAUCGGAGAGUCGCAAUUGUUAACGAGCUUGGUGGUCAAUAUGAGGAAACUUUUAAUGAUGUUAAAACGCAAUUACUCAACUACUUCACAGUCAAGGCAGUGAGGACGGUGCUUCAGCAGCUAUAUGAGAUGAACCCACCUAAGUAUAGGUUUUUUUAUAAUUUUGUUGCAACAAACGAGCCAUCAGAUGGGAAACGUUUUCUACGAUCUCUCGCCAAGGAGCACCAAGAGCUAGCUGAGAGAGUGAUGGUUACACGGCUUCACCUUUAUGGUAAAUGGGUCAAGAAAUGUAACCAUGCUGAGAUAUAUGAAGACAUAUCGAAUGAGAACUUGGAGUUAAUGAGGGAAAGGCUCAUAGAAACUGUAAUAUGGCCUUCGGAUGACACUAACACAGAAAAAAUCGGCUGAUAAGUCAUGCGUCAGAAAAUUUCAUAUGAUGUUUUUCCUGCCUUUGGCUUCUUCCUAGUCUCUUCUAGGGUAUAGUUUAUAGGUUUCAGUAUCAAUCACUACUACUUUCUGUAAGCUGUGAAUAUGUCUACACAUUUUUUAAAUACACCUUAUAUUCUAUUAUUACUAAGAGAGUUUGGAAUGAAUGAUUUUUAUGAAUU